AUGCCCCACCACAACCCCAAACAGGAGCUCUUCGACCUGAAAAAGUCCUGGAAGGACCUGCCUCUCAGCGCCGUCGAGAGCGAGUACAACUACGUCCACCACACGCGGCGCAUGCACGCCGUCAUGGCCGCGCGCAAGGGCAAGGGCUCCGUCGUCGACAACCGGACGCCGCGGACGCUCCGGAACCCGCCGCCGUUCGCGACGGAGAAGCGGCCGCAGUCCGCGCCCCGGUCGCGGAAGAAGGCCGGCGCCGAGUCGCCCGCCAAGGCGCGGCCGGCGACGCGCGACGGCCGCGCGACCAUCGACGGCCUCGACGAGGACGACGGCGAGGAGGUCAGCGAGACCUGCAAGCAGAUCCUCCGCAACGCGUACACGCUCGACGACGAGCAGAAGGAGAUCUACGACAAAUUCACGCACAUGCUCGCCGACUUCGACCUCUACAUGAUGCGUCGUCCCGCCGCGCGCGUCGCCACCAUGAGCGACGCCGCGGCGCCCGCUCCGUUGUCGGCCGACAUCGUCACGUCCGCCGUCGAGGCGGUCAUGGCGAGCGACGCGCCGCUCCAGGCCGCGGCGGCGGACGGCACGCUGACGGCGAAGAUGGUGCGCACGGCCGUCGCGGCGCACCUCAAGGAGGCCGACGGCGGCGCCCGGCUGAAGAGCGAGUACAAGGCCGUGCUCACGGCGGCGAUGAUCGAGACGGCGGCCAAGUACCAGGCGCCGCCGGCGCCCGCGGCCGAGGCCGAGCCCGAGGGCGUCGAGGACAUCGACAACGACGAGUCCGACAAAGAGGACGACGACGGCGACGACGGCGGCGACGACAACGAGUCCGUCGACGACGACGAGCUCGCGCGGCGCGAGCGCGCGCCCCACAAGGACGACGCGCGCGUCGAGGCGCUCGACGGCAAGUGGACGGCGUUGUUCGGCGAGGUCUGCUGGGUCGCGUCGCAGGGCUUCAAGCACUGGCCGUCGAUCAUCUACGACCCGCGCUGGACCAAGGGCGCGAUCAACGCCCAGGCCAUGAAGCACCUGGGCAAGCGCCACUGCUGCGUCUUCUACGGCAUGGACGCGUCGGAGCGGUUCACCUUCGAGACCACCAAGAACGUCGUACCCUGGGACGAGGGCCUGAAACGGGGCCUGGACAAGCAGGCCAAGGAGUUCAAGCCCAAGCGCUACGAGCUCGCCUUCCCGAAAGCGGUCGCCGAGGCCCGGGAGGAGGUCGCCAAGGACAAGGCGCUCCGCAACGGCUGCGGCAUCCACGCCGCGGCGAAAAAGGCCCCGAAGAAGAAGGCCGCGCCCAAGGCGUCCAAGCGCGCCGCGUCCGACGCCGACGACGACGACUUCCUCAACGACGGCGCGCGCGCGCCGUCCGACGACGAGUCCGCGGGCGCGGGCAGCGACGGCGACGACGACGUGGUCGCGCUCCGGAAGCAGGCCGCGAAGAAGAAGGCCGCGGGCGGCGGCCGCCUGCGGAAGAACGGCGACCCGCCGAAGAAGAAGGCGCCGCCCAAGGCCGACCCCCUGCGGCCGUCCGUCGCCGCGCCGCCGCCGUCGAAGGAGGACCGGAAGCGGAAGCUCGAGGACGCGGCCGCGCGGCGCCGCGCGAAGAAGGAGGAGGACGAGGCCCGCGAGGCCCAGCGCGAGGAGCGGCUCAAGGCGUCGCGGGCGUCGGGCGUGCCCGUCUGGAAGCAGAUGGCCGACGCGAAGGCGUCCGCGGCGCCCGUCGGCGCGUCGGCGUCCAAGCCCGCGCCCGCGCCCGCGCCGCGGCCGCCGCCGCCCAAGGCCGUGCCCGUCCACGUGCCCGAGGACGCCGCGGGCCUCGUCGCGGCCCUGCGGACGGCCGUCGUCGGCGCGAAGAAGAACCCGCGCGUCGCGGCCGUCGCGCUCCUGAAGAUCUUCAACGAGAAGGUCGACGCGAUCGUCGCCGACGGCGCGCUCCUCGCAGACCUCGUGGGCCUCAUCAAGGAGGCAUCGCGCGACCCGUCCACGGACGCCAAGACCGUCGACAAGCUCAAGCGCCUCAAGGCCAAGCUCAAGGCGGCCCACGCGGAGAAGCAGGACCGCGACAAGGCCAAGGCCGCGGCCAAGGCCGACGCGCCCGAGGCCGCCGACGCGCCCAAGGCGCCCAAGGAGGAGGCGCCCAAGGAGGAGGCACCCAAGGCGCCCAAGGAGGAGGCGCCCAAGGCGCCCAAGGAGGAGGCGCCCAAGGCCGAGGAGGCGCCCAAGGCCGAGGAGGCGCCCAAGGCCGAGGAGGCGCCCAAGGCCGAGGAGGCGCCCAAGGCCGAGGAGGCGCCCAAAGAGGAGAAGCCCCCCAAAGAGGAGAACCCCCCCAAGGAGGAGAAAGCGGCGGAGGGCGCGCCCCCGAAGGAGGCGCCCGCGUCCCCCAAGGAGGAGGCGGCCGCGUCGUCGUCGGCGGCGCCGUCGUCGCCGGGCGCGGGCGAGAAGCGGCCCCGGUCCGAGACCGAGAACAGCGACAAGCCGCGGCCGGUGAAGCGCGCGCCCAUGCCGCCGCCCCCCGGGGCCAAGCCCGUGAAGCGGCCCCCGGCGCCCGGCGCGCCCAAGCCCCAGGCGAAGAAGAAGAAGAAGAGCGACGACCCCCUCGCGAACGCGUUCGCGCGGUAG